UUUGCUGGUGUUGGCGGCGGCGGCUCGUCAGCUCGGGCGGAGGCGCGAAAGGAGGCAGGCCGAGGACGCGUUCGACAUGCCAGACGACGUGUUUCGGCAGCACUUUCGUCUGAGGAAGGAAACUGUGCGGUGGCUGUGCGACGAAGUCGCGGAGGAGCUCGGAGGCGUGCGAUCAACAGCGCUGUCGGUGGAGCGACAAGUGUUGUGCGCGUUGCGUUUCUUCGCGACGGGCAGCAUUCAGGGGUCCGUAGGGAGCGAGGAGACGAUUGGCGUGACGCAGCCUGCGGUCAGCAAGUGCGUGCGACGCGUGGCUGAGGCAAUCGUCCACGCCGGGACCCGCAACAAGUGGGUCCACUUCCCGAGGACGUCGGAGGAAAAGGCGGCCGUGAAAGAAGGGUUCCUUCGACGCGGCGGCAUUCCCGGCGUCAUCGGCUGCGUGGACGGCAGCCUUAUUGCCAUCAUCGCACCGAAGGGCGACAACAAGGCGGCAUACAUGUGCCGCAAAGGCUUCUAUGCCCUUAACAGCAUGUUCAUUUGCGACGCAGGCAUGCGGAUUCUGGCCGUCGACGCUCUGCGACCGGGGUCGGAUCACGACGCCUACAUCUGGAGAACGACGUGGUUGCGUCGUCGGUUCCAGGAGGGACACAUUGCCAAGGCUGGCGAGCACCUCCUCGGUGACAACGGCUACCCCCUCGAACCAUGGCUCCUGACUCCGGUCCCAGGCCAUCCUCCCACUCACAUUGCAGAAGGCAGGUACAACACUGCACACGCUUCCAUGCGGUCUGUAGUGGAGCACUGCAUUGGACUUCUGAAGAGCCGCUUCCGCUGCCUUCAGAGGUACCGUGCCCUUCACUAUGAACCAGACCGCGCAGCCAACAUCAUUGCAGCGUGUGCAGUGUUGCACAAUUUGUGUCUUGAUGAAGGUGACAGUGCGUUUGAUGAGGUUGAUGGUGAUGACAGCAGCUACAGCAGCAGUGACGAUGCAAACAGUGGCCCCUUCCCACAGGGAGUUCCCCGAGCGAGGGCAGCACGUAUAUUGUAUCUGAAAGGAUGUGCUGCCCGUGAGAAUGUAAUUCGAUUAUUCGGAACCACACGGCAGCAGCACCAGCACUACCUGCGAAGGGUGCGAAGGCGGCUGCGUCAGCAGCAGCACCGACAGCAGCAGUAAACGUGCCUGCAGUGUCAAGCACAUAUGCCUAAUAAAGAGAAGGAAUCAACGUGAAGGCGUAUUGGCAAUGAGUGGAUAGUGCGCUGUUUUUUUAUAGAAUCUGCUAAAUUACCACCAUUGCUUUCACGUAGCCUGUACCAAUGAGCUGUCACUACUGGAGAUUAUUGCAUCAUUCCACUGCGACACAACAUGAGCCUUUCACUUAGUAGCUGUGGAUAGACAACAUUGUGGUCAUUAGCAGUAUGUCAUAGCCACUUCUCUGGGCAGCAGGAGCUUGCCGGUUGAUUUGCUGCUGCUGCUACUGUCACCUUGAUGCAUUUAUCUACUGGCAUCACCGCCACUGUCACCGCCGUCUGCACUGUGCAUGGGAGGAUAUUGGACUUCGUCUCCUCGCUUCCUGCUUGGGCUGCAGCAAAGCACAACACUUUUCGCUCCACCAUAUGUACUGUUCUCGCACACCUUCCAGGCCCUGCACACCUUUGCCACACAGCCUCUGCACAGUUCCUUUUCAACAGGCCAAGUCAUGCUGACACAGAUCGCCUGGCAUGUCAAGCACAUGAUGUGCUUGUUGGAUGUGCAUUCAUUUGUACAUACUUGUAUAAUUGUACAUAUAUUUGUAAAAAGUCAUAUCAAGUGCCAGUUAUGUUCUUGAAAAUCAUUGCUGCACGUCCCCACAGUGAAUGAAAAAUUGCAACACAACUUCAGUGUCAUGUUUAUUCAAAGUGAAUAACAGUCAUCAUGAUACAAAUCAAUGCACACAGGGUACGAAUUCACGGUGCCAAAACCUAACAGUACGGUUUCCACUACAUGGCACCUAAUACAUUGUGAAAUGCCGCUGGCACACAUUAAAUCACAGAAAUGUCUGACAUUAAUAAUGUUUUUCUUUGGGCUCAUCCACAACCAUUUGCAUUCACCCAGCAACUUCACAGUGCAAAAGGUGUUGCAAGUCUUGCCUGUUAUGCAUCCGCCAUAUUUGUAGCACAAAAUAGAUGUUAUUUUCAACGACUACUGCCAUAAUAAGACCACCAGUGUGAAAGUGCAGUCACACAGCUUUUAAAGAAUGACACAUGUGCGAAAAUACUGUGCACUUUGAUAAUCAACCAUUUAACAAUGCCAACAAGAACAGCCUGGCAGUAAAUGUUGUAAAAUAAUGGCCACAUUGAUGGCUACAUUGGGUGUAUCAGAAAUUGUUCUCAACAAUGGGGACUAGAUUGCAUUGCCAUCACCGAUACGGCCACCUGAUAUAUCACAAUAACUAUUGCAAGUAACAGGCACUUGUUGGUAAAAGAAAUAAUAGUAUGUACAUUUGUGCCCUCCAUUGGGCAACAAAAUUUGAAAUUGGAAACACAACAUACAUAUAGCAUGAAAAUCAUAACAGUGGAUUUCAAUACCUGUUAUCACAGCAUUUGUGUGCGAAACACUGUUGUGGCUAAAAUAAAAGUGACCACAUAGUCAACAUGUUCCUUGAAAAGCAGCAAAUACUUAAAUAGCACAUAAACAGCAAAACGAAAGCACACACCUAACCAAAAGGAUGAAACAGACAUACGGUUCACUCCCUGAGACAAACUUGCUCAGCAAGUGAAACUACACAUAACAAAAAAAGUUACAAUAAUUUAAACAUUAUGCGAAAUGCAACAUAUUAAAAAAAUAACAUAAUAAAAGAACAUGUAAUGAUGACACCUGUCACCACUACGGCUGAGGCGGCUCGCGGAGGCCAUGGGCGAGGGCAGCCAUGAGUUGGCGCAAGGUGGUUGCGAUGAGGACAGUCGCCUCCCGCAAGCCCCUCCUCUCCACCGCCAGCUGCUGCUGCACCGCGUGGGAGGCCCUCUGCUCCUCCACCAGUUGCUGAUGAUGCUGUGAAAAAAGUGCACUUGCUGCAGCUACAGGAUACGAAAUUAAAUUUUUCGUUUCACAGUGUUUGCAAGGGUUACACUUUCAGCUUGGUUACUCUAGAGGGCAGUGAGAACGUAUGCAUAUGACGGGAGAAAUUGAAGUGCAAACUGUGUAUGAUCUGUUAUGUUACAAACAUGUUCAAAGACAGAAAAUGCUACCAAGCCACCUUUGUCACUAAGAAGUCAAUGUCGGUGAUAAGCUGAAUUUACCUACAAAAGAUGAACAUGCUGUGGGGGUACAUGCAACCAUGGAAAUGUUUUGUAACUUGCGAAGUAACAGAAUGAGAAAGCACCUCACAGAGGGUACAUAAGUACACGAACCAAUGAACCCAAGGAAUACAGAUGCCACUCAUGAAUAAGCAGGUUGUAAGUUACAUUAACCUGCACACUAAUUCCUUCUUAAAAAAUGGAAACCUGGGCGAGUUGUACGUACCUGCCUGUUUUGAUCAAGCAGUAUCCGGUGGAAGCUGACGGCGUCCAAGUUUGAUGCCUCUGCCAGCUGCUCUUGCCUGGCGUAUUCAGCUGCUGCCCUGAAGGCCGCAUCCUCCAGUGGCUGCUGCUGUCGAGGUGGCCUCAGGGGCUGCUGCUUAGCUGAUGGUCCUUAAAAAUUAAAUCGGCAUAGAGGAUAAAAAAUUUGUUGUGUCCUUCUAUGUUGAACAUUCACUGGUUCAUUUUCAUAGGUCAAAACAUAGAAAACUAUUCCCGGCAACAAACUGUAGGCAAUAUAAACCUUACAUUUGGAUAGAUAAAGCGACACCAUAGCACUACAAAAUGCUGCAUCAAUAUUAAUUUCUACACAGCA